AUGGCAAACUCUUCUACAGACGACAAGAUUGCCUACAUCCUGACGGUGCUCAAGCACAGCACUCUACCAAAGCCGGACUAUACAGCUGUCGCUGUAGAAUCUGGCAUCAACACCGCCCAAAAUGCUCAACGAAGACUCAAGGCCAUCGUCAAGGCAGCUGGCUUCGACCUCGUCAAUGAUCAAAUAGUCGGCCCAGACGGCAGCACUGGAGACGGAACCAGCAUUGCUGCGUCACCCCCCAAGAAGAGAAAGUCGAGAGCGAAGAAGACUACCAGUGAGGAAUCGAACAAGAAACCAAAAGUCAAGAAAGAGGAUGACGUUGAAGGCGAGAUGAAUCAAGGUAGAGAGGAGAGUGUGGCCCAAAGCAUGGGAGACGGAUGCUGA